UUUUGAUGACAAGACUGACUGAACAGAAAAUGAAGAAGAAGAAAAAAACAAAUACAUUUUCUUAUUUCAUGCGACGCAUGUAUUAUUCCCACAUAUUAUUUGGCUUGUUGUGCAGUGAAGAGCCAGUGAAGACCAAACAUGUUUGCAACACCAUCAGCAUUCCAUUCAUUCAUUAUCGGUCUUAUCGUUCUGUCGACUUUUGUCCAACAAUCAUGGAGUAAUAUUUCAUCAAUCGGUGCUGUAUGCCAAAUACCAAACGAAACAUCAAAUGGAACGUGCACAAUCAAAGAGAAUUGCACACCGUAUAUGGACUUGUACACCAAUCCCAUAACGACCGAGAAUGUCAAUUUCAUGCGAGAACUGCAGUGUGACAAUCGAAAUUAUGUGGAUGAAACAAUUGUAUGCUGCCCGACUAAUUCAACCACAUAUCGCAACCCUUCAGUGGUCAUUGAUUUUAAUGGUUUAUCGAAGAAAACGGACAACGAUGCCGAUACCGAUACGAUGGGCAGUAACAUAAAUUUGGAACAGUUUCGGCCAAGCAACGAUGAGCCCUUCUCUAUUAGUGAUCGUUUCGAUUCAGAAGACGCUGAAAUCAGUCGGUUACCACUGAAAUUUGAAUGUGGCGAUGGACAUCAGUCGGUGAAUCGAGUAUUUGGGGGCGACUUUACCAGCAUCUGGGAAUUCCCAUGGAUGGCGCUGUUAAUUUACAACACCAAUUCGAGUAGACCGUAUGGUUGUGGUGGAUCAUUGAUAAAUAACCGAUACGUAUUAACCGCUGCACAUUGCGUCACUGGCCAGCUGUAUGAAAGUAAAUCUGGUUUAAAAGGUGUGCGUCUCGGUGAAUACAAUAUUGAAACGGAACAGGAUUGCAUGCCAUCGAGAACGGCAACUGGCCAAGUUCUCAAAUGUGCUGAUCCAGUCGUUGAGGUGGGCGUCGAAAAAAUCAUCGUUCACCCACAAUAUAAUGAUACAUCAAGAGACAAGCAUCAUGACUUGGCUCUUCUUCGCCUCGACACAAAUGUUUCAUAUUCAAAAUACAUCAAACCAAUUUGUUUACCCAUUGUGGGUCUCAGCAGUGGAUUAAUUACCGGCAAUAAGUUGACCGUAUCGGGAUGGGGUAGCACUAACGUAUUCAAGCGAUAUGGUGAUGUUUCUAGUUCGAUAAAAUUGAAAGUCCGCUUGCCCAUCAGUGAUAUGUGCAAUUGCACCAAUGCAUAUAGAGCUCACAAUCUGAGCAUUGGUCCUGGUCAAGUUUGUGCCGGUGGUUUGCGCGCUAAAGAUAGCUGCUUAGGCGACUCAGGUGGUCCACUCAUGUAUUUUGAUCAACGGAAUAGCAUAUGGGUUGCGUCCGGCAUUGUGAGCUUUGGCGCUGAAAAAUGUGGAACAAUUGGAAUUCCAGGUGUUUACACAAAAAUUGAAUAUUACAUGGAAUGGAUACUAAAUUCAUUGGAGGAUUGAAUUGCGACAGCGCAUGAAUUGAAUCAGAUAUUGUCUAACGAUUUAAUGAUGUUUUUUUUCUUUCUUCAAAACAAAUUAAUUUAUUUACUGUUUACAUAUUAGGUAUAGGUUCUGUUGCAUAUUAGGAAAAUAAAGGGAAAAAUUUCAAUUUUUUUAUACAUAAAA